UGCUAGAAGCAAAUUCUAUAUUGUUGUCAGUAAAUACGCCAAAGGCUAAACGAAUACUACACCACCAUGAUGCAUUUGGAAUCAUGGAAAAUUAUAUUCACUCUUUAUGGUGCCAUUUGUUUGUUCUACUCUACCUGUUACUGCGAAAAAGCACCAAACUACUCUUUUAUGAAAGCGGCAACCUUGGCACCACAAGUCUCAUAUUUUGACUAUAUUAUCAUUGGGGGAGGGACGGCUGGUUGCAGUUUGGCAGCCACCCUUUCAGAGGGGGCUCACGUCCUCCUCCUCGAGCGAGGCGGGGCUCCUUAUGGUAACAAGAUUGUAGAGGCAAUGAGUAAAUUUGGGGCCAACUUAGGUGGUCAAGACUCCUCAGCACAACCCUUUGUGUCGGAGGACGGAGUUGUGAGCGCACGGGCUCGUGUGCUUGGUGGUGGCUCAGCCCUCAAUGCAGGGUUCUACAGCCGUGCAAGCCCAGACUAUGUGGCGCAGGCUGGAUGGGCUGGGUCCUUAGUGAAUGAGUCCUACGCAUGGGUUGAAGAAAAGGUUGCAUUUCGUCCUCCAAUGUUGCAGUUUCAAUCAGCCUUUAGAGAUGGGUUGGUCGAAGCUGGGGUUACGCCCAACAAUGGGUUUACAUAUGAUCAUAUACCUGGGACGAAAGUUGGAGGAACUAUAUUCGAUCGUAAUGGCAAGAGACACACUGCUGCUGAUUUGUUGGAGUAUGCAAAUCCUAAGACAACGGCGGUUUAUUUGUUUGCAACGGUUCAUAAAAUACUCUUUCGAAGGAAAGGGCAAUAUUCUAAACAACCAAGAGCUCAUGGUGUAACAUUUAGAGACUCAAAGGGGAUAAAGCACAAAGCAUAUCUAAAAGCAGGGGAAAUGAAUGAAAUAAUAUUAUCAGCUGGUGCGUUAGGGAGCCCACAAUUGUUGAUGUUAAGUGGAAUUGGGCCAAAAGCCCAUCUUAGACAACAUGGGAUCAAAGUGUUGGUGGAUCAACCAAUGGUGGGCCAAGGAAUGGCUGAUAAUCCAAUGAAUGCUGUUAUAAUACCUUCACCUAACCCAGUUGAAGUUUCUCUAAUCCAAGCUGUUGGCAUUACUGAGUUUGGUAGUUACAUUGAAGCUGCUAGUAGUGCAACCUUUGCCAGUUCCAUUAUACAUUCUCUCCCUACACUUUAUCAGACCAACCAACCCUCAAGCAACCAAGACAAAGAUCAGAAAACGCAAAAAUCAUAUGAUCAGAAAACAUAUGAAUUCAUGAACUCCGUAGCAAAUGAAAGUUAUUUUGCUGGCCUAAUUCUUGAAAAAACCAUGGGACCAAUUUCCUCAGGACACCUUUUACUUAAAAACAAAAACCCACAAGACAAUCCUUCUGUUACAUUCAACUACUUUAAAGAAAAGGAAGAUCUCAGAAGGUGUGUUAAAGGGAUGGAAACCAUAAUUAAGGUCAUUAAAUCAAAACCAUUCUCUAAAUUCCGGUAUACGGAGAUAGCGGUUGAAGAUCUUUUAACUACCAUGAUCAACCUCCCCUUGAAUCGGUGUCCGAGGUCGCCUGGUGACACUGGAAUGUUUACUACUCUGGAACAGUUUUGUAAGGACACGGUUAUGACAAUAUGGCAUUACCAUGGUGGUUGUCAAGUUGGAAAGGUGGUGGAUAAAAACUACAAGGUUUAUAAUGUUAGUGGUUUAAGGGUUGUUGAUGGCUCAACAUUUUAUGCCUCUCCCGGGACAAAUCCUCAAGCUACGGUUAUGAUGUUUGGAAGAUACAUGGGAAGCAGGAUACUGGCGAGCAGGAUGGAACAUUAGAGUAUAGAAGAACUUGAAGAUUUUAUCAAGUCCAAUGAAAUUUGAUUAAUGUCCCUUUUUCUCCCUUCUUCUCUAACUUGAAGGGGAUGGGAACCAGCAUUUUGAUGGAAUAAACAGAUUCUUUUUCAUGGUGUUGUCGUUAAACAUAUCAAAUUUGAUGUUGUCGCUAGAAUUCGUCGAAUAACGCCUAAAAAGAUUAGUGACAAGGAUAAGGAAUGGUCAAGCUUGCUACAUAUGGAUUAAUUUGCUCUUUUGGGUCACUUGUGUUGGUAAUCUAGUUGGGGUGGUGUAAUAAUGUUGUUUACUGUAUAUGUUCUGUGUUCUGUGGUUUAUUCCCUUUAGGCAUUGGGAUUUUGAAAGGCCCUUCUUCGAAGGUGAGUCCCCGUCCAAGUGGGAUCGUAAUGUUGUUUCCCUUUCGGGAAAUAUAUUGUUGCUCAUUAAUAAUAAGCUUUAUUUCUUA